CUAUAAAUUCAGGCUGCGCGAUUAGUCAACUCUCUUAACCCGUUGUUGGAAGCUCGGGGUUGCGCGAUCAUAAAGGGUCAGCACACGAGCGAAGAAAGAGUGGGUUCGGUGUCCGAUGGGGAUUUGCAAUGCGCCUGCCACGUUUCAGCAAGCGAUGAACAUGACGUUCCAGAAUUUCGUCAACAAGACACGGCUAACGCAAGGGAUGAUCAACUUUUGUGUGAUCGUGUACAUGGAGGACAUCCUGGUCUAUUCGGAGAACUAUCACGGGCACGCGCAACACAUCGAGUGGACAUUGGGCGCAUUGAGAGAUGCUGGGUUCAAGAUUGCGCUCGAGAAAAACGAAUUUUUCCUCUCGGAAAUUUCGUUCUUGGGCUACGUCGUGACACGUGGAGGAUUGCGGCCGGAUUCGAGAAAAGUGGCGGCGGUGAAGGAAGCCCCGGUUCCCACGUCACUAACGCAGGUUCGAGCCUUCUUGGGACUGGCGUCGUACUACCGGCGCUUCAUCAAGGGCUUUGCCGCGAUUGCACGACCGCUAACGAACCUGUUACGGAAGGACCAACCUCUCAGUUGGGACGCGGAGUGCUUGCAGGCCUUUGCAACCCUCAAAGACGCUCUGGCAACGGCCCCUAUUUUGAUUCGGCCGGACCCCUCGAAGCAGUUCAUUCUCAUCACGGACUGGCAACCGGAAGCUAUUUACGCUAUUCUAGCACAGAAGGGGAACGAUGGUCGCGAACACGUUAUCGAGUACGUGUCUCGAACCGUACUGGACGAACGAAGAAACGACUUCGCACCUCAAGGCGAGUGCUAUGCAGUAGUUUGGGGAAUCCAUCACUUCCAUCCGUAUCUCUACGGACAGAAGUUUCGCCUCGUAACGGAUCACGAGCCUCUGCUAGCGCUGAAGAAACUCACCAACUACACGGGCAUGAUUGGCCGUUGGGCGUCCGAUAUCCAUCCUCGCCUUUCCUACUGUCUAACGACCCUUGCUGUCCCCAACAUUCAUCCCCCAUACUGGGACCUGUGGCGCGAAGACUUCGUCGAGCUUUUACUGUGCUUGGUUGAGGUACAGCUGACGUGGACCGAGGACGAGGAGCGCCCGCCUCGCAUAGAGCACCUGGAGUUGCUGUUCAUCCAGGCUUGGCGAACCAACAUGGAGGGAGAACUCCUCGCGUUUCUGUUCGGUACAAUGGGGCCCGGACAUCAGGAACUCAUCGCGCAAGAGCUCACGAUCCCGGUAGCGCAGUUGGCGGACGAUUUCCCUCUCGACAUCAUCUCGCAAGACGACGAGCACCCGAUUCCUCAUGUGCUUUCUCGCACAUCGACGCCGUAUCUCUUGUGGUCGGCUUGUGUGGAGGGAGCCGCUGAGCGCAUCCCGCCGUCGCAGCAGCAGUAUUUGGAUCCCCGGACGGUUCGCGAUCCUGCCUUCUUCAGGCAUCCAACGGCGGAGCAGCUUUCUGCCAUUCGAGAGGAGGAAGAGGAGGAAGAAAGCACUGAGAGUGACGAAGGAGAAGACGAGCCAGAAGAAAGUGGGGAAAGCGACGAAGUACUCGGGGAAGCGGAUGAAACCCCCGAAGAAGGAAGCUAUAGCGAGCAUAGUGAGGGGGAGCAGAGCGAAGAAGAAGAAGAAGACGACAAAGGAGAAGAGGAGAACGAAGAAGGACCUGCGGAAUCGGAGUGGGAAGUUGUGCCGGAAGAAGCGCUGCGCACGGGCACGGAGGCUGAAGAUCCGGAGGCGGCCCGCAAAAGAGAAGAAACCGCGGCGCGGAAGAGGAAGCUAGAGUUUGCGAGCGGGGCAAGCCUGCACGUCUACGACGACCUAAACCGAGAUCCAAAGCCGCCCCGACCAGAACAUGGCGACCUCACGGCCACGACUCCGACCUCAUCAGCGAGGCAACGGAGCCGAUCCCCCUCCUUCCCAACCCCCGGAGGUGCGGGUGGAGGACUGGGAGGAAAUACGUCGCUGUCUCCAUCUCGGUCUGUGUGGAAAUGGAAGAAAGGGGAAGAAGAGGAGGAGGCGGAGGAGGUGGCGGAGAAGAAGGGCCUGGCGCAGUCGAGACUCCCGCAGGAAGAUCCACAACUGCAGCAAGAGGCACAAGAGGGACAAGAUGCCCAAGGCAGCUUACAUGGUGUAGAUGAUUUUUUGGGCUUGACACGAACUGUCCACACACUGACCUAUUUCGACGACUUCCUGGAUCAGCAAACUGUGUUCAAUGAGAAGCUAAGCAAACGUACUGUUUAUGAUCACCCGGACUGGAAGAAACACCGCUCGAGCAAGCGACAUUGCGAGAAUCUCAAGUCGAUCGUGACCUCCCGUGUUGUCCUUGGGAUAGGCCGACCGGUGUUCAUGACGACGGCGGUGGCUAUCGUCGUCGCCACAUUCAACGCGCUUGUGAAGAAUGGCGUGCUGCCAAGCUGGAUGCCGAUCCUGCAGGCAUCAGCGAUGCCAUUACAGUUGACGGCAGCAGCGCUCGCUCUGUUGUUGGUGUUUCGGACAAAUGCAGCGUACUCGAGGUUCGAUGAGGCGCGUAGGUUGUGGGGAGGCAUUGUGAAUCGUGCAAGGGAUUUAUCUCGGCAAGUGGUUGCAUGGGUGGACAGCUCGACGGAAGAGAGUAGAGAGAUGGCAAGGUUGAUAUUGAACCAUCUUGUGGUGUACGCUGUGGUGAUGAAGUACCAUUUCCGGCCUCAGUCGGAAGGGGAUCCCAAUGCAGAGCUGCGGGAGCUCUUGCCACCAAGGGAGGUGGAAGAUAUUCUAAGUUCUAAACAUCGCCCCAUCUUCGUAAUGCACAUGCUCAACGAGAUGGUUUCCAUGUCCGUGACGUCAGAUAUCCAUAAGGCACUGAUGGACCCCAACAUCACCGGUCUGAUCGACAACAUGGGCGGGUGCGAACGCAUAUUCAGGACGCCUAUCCCUCUCCCUUACACGCGGUUGACGUCUCGAUUCUUGGUGAUCUGGCACUUCUUGUUGCCCAUUUGCCUGUGGCAGGAGUGUGGGUGGGGUGUCAUCCCCUCCACCUUCUUCAGUGCCUCCGCAUUGUUCCUCAUUGAAGAAGUGGGCAUCUAUAUCGAGGAGCCGUUUCAUCUUCUUGCCCUCGAGUCCAUGUGCGAAGGCAUCAAGCAAAGUGUCAUUGAUGUCGCCAAAGCCGGCAACUACUUCCACAGAAACUUCAUCCCAAGCCAUAAACACGAACGCACUCUUCGAAAGUCGCGGACUUCCGUUACUUCCAACGUCAGCAAUCACUCUUCGGCCUUUCCCUCUCCUCGCGUUUCUAGUUCAUUCUACUCUCUCUCGUCCCCUCAGAAGAGAGAAGCGGGGGGAGGAGGAGGAGGAGGUGGAGAAAGUCAUGCUGGUGGCGGAGCACUAGCAAUCCGUCGCUUGUCCACUCCUGGACCUCCCUCCAUACCCAUAACUCCCAGACCCAUCACGAGCAAUCCGUCUCCUUCAACUCGUGUCCCGCCAUCUCCACAGCCUUCCACAACCCCAGGACCAGCAGCAACAGGAGUCACAGCAGGAGCACUAACAGCAGCCGCAGCAGGAGGAGGAGGAGGAGGAGGAGGAGGAGGAGGAGGAGAAGGGCCCCAUAAGACACCUGGAUUAUCAACCUCCCCCACGUCCUUGGCUAUUUCCAUGGAUGAGAAAAGACAACAGUCAGUAAUACCAUUAACAAUUGCCUCCUCCCCAGCACUGAUGGAACGCGUCCUUGCCAAAGGCGUCCCGUUGCAGUCAUCAUCACCGUUGCGGUCAUCAUCCCCGUCGCAGCCACCCUCACCCUUGUCCAUAGCACCAAAUGCUAUCUGGCUGGAAAUGGGCUUGAGAUCUUCCCCACAACCAACCACCACUCCCAAGAGCAAUACAAGCAUGCCCAGAACUCAAACUUCGGAUGAUUCAUGAUGACUCAGAAUUAUAGAGAAUGCCCACUUUGUUGCAGUUUCCUGUUUGAUUUGGCAUUCGGCUCGGAGUCCCUGUUUGUAGUCGUGUCUUGCUUUUCAAUGU